AUGCUACCGAACCGGGUCUCAGCACAGUGCCAUUCGCGCCAUCCGCAUUUCCAUACUUUAGUCAUGUAUACAUCGUCCGCCCCUGGCCCAGCCCGCGGCCGCGGCGGUAACCCGAAUGCGGGCGUGCCACCGCAGCAACAGCCGCAACAGCUUCGUGGUCCAUCCCCUGGAAAUCCUGGUGGUCCAUCACAACUAGCUACAGCUGCUACUAGUCGCGUUGGAGAGAUGUUGGACCAGGUCAAAGCUGAAUAUGAAGCUGCUAUUCAACAGCUUAAUAUGGCCAAGAUGGAACAGCUUGAAAUGGAACGCAAAAUUCAGUCACAGGUUGUGGAAAUGGACCAGAUUCAGCAAUCGUUAAAGGCACUUGAAGCCAAUCAUCGUCGUAUUCGACAACAAUAUGAAGAAGACAUGAUGCGUAUGCGUCGACAGCUUGAAACGGGUCAAGUGCAGCAGCAAGUUGCGCCUCCACAGCAGCCAAUGGCUGCUAAGCUACCAGCUAAGCGUUCACGCGCUUCACCUGCUACUGGUGGGAUGCAGGAUGAAUCAUCGUCGCUCAUGUCAAACCUAGUAGCGGCUGCAACUUCUUCUCGUGCUGGAUCUGCUAGUGCGCAACAGCGUGGAAAUAUCAGCUCUCCAGUGCGCGUUGUACCUGUGCAACCAGCUUCACGUAGUUUGCAGCAACUUGGCCAACAGCCUCCUCAGCUGCCACCUCCUCCACAGGGUGGCAACAGCAAUCAACCUCCACAACUUAACCCACUGGAUACGAAUAGUACAAACAUGACGCCGUCAUCACGUCGUAUGCCGAGUAUCAAUAGUGAUAUGAAUGGCAAAGAACGAGCGGCAAAUUCGCCUCCAGCACUGAAAAAGUCUAAGAUUAAUGGCUCGGAGACUAAUAUUCCCAGUUUGAACGGAAAUGGAAAGAGUACACUUACUACUGUUAGCUCUUCUGGUGGAAGCACUUCAGCGACCAGUGGCAUUCUUCCUCAAGUUUCCAAGAUGAACCGAGAUCAAGGAUCUGCUAGUACAAACUCGAGUCCGAGUGCUGCUAGUGCAAACCAGUCGCAAAGUGCGUCUUCUAGCAUUAAGAAUGAAAUUGAAAACAAUGAGACGAGUCGUUCCAUGUCUAAUUCGACAACAACGAUGUCGGCUGCUUCGGGUAACAACACGACGCAAAAAAGCUCGAAUACGAAGGCCAGUCGUUUGAAUUGGAGUUGUGUCUACUCGUCCAAGCAGAGCAUGUCAUACCAGGAGUCGGAGCGACCGGCUGCUGAGAUGCAUCAGUCUAUGGAUCACCAAAGUGUUGUCUGUUGCGUUCGCUUUUCAUCCGAUGGAACCAUGAUGGCAUCCGGGUGUCACAAAACAGCGCAGGUUUUCGACGUCAAGACAGGAGAUCGUAAAUAUUUAGUCUCGCGUCCCGCUGGAUCGGGGCAUACUCCAACGUCUCAAGCUAAUACUGCAGCAAAUGAACCUGAUGAUGCAUACGUUCGUGCUGUGUGUUUCUCGCCGGAUUGCACAAAGCUUGUGGCCGGCAUGCCACAGAAUACGAUUCGUAUCUGGGACAUUGGCUCAAAUGAGGAAGGUCUGGCCAUGACUGGCCACGAGUCUGAGAUUUACUCGCUGGACUAUGUGAAUGAUUUGAUUGUUUCUGGUUCCGGGGAUCGCAAAGUACGUCUGUGGGAUGCACGCAAUGGUCAGUGUAAAAAGAUUUUUGGUAAUGAAAGCGGUGGUCCAUCCGAUGGUGUCACGUCAGUCGCGCUGUCACCAGACGGCCGAUUACUUGCUGCUGCGUCACUAGACAAGGUCGUUCGGAUUUGGGAUACGGAAACUGCACAAUUAUUGGACCGACUAGAAGGCCAUAGUGACUCGGUGUAUUCGAUAGCGUUCUCCCCUGAUGGCAAGAAUGUAAUAUCUGGCUCACUUGAUCGCAAUAUUAUGCUCUGGGACGUCUGUGCUCAAGGUCGCACAACCACACGGCCACGUAUGUUGUUUCAAGGUCACAAAGACUUUGUGCUUUCGGUCGCUUAUACACCGGAUGGAAGAUGGUUAAUGUCAGGCUCAAAGGAUCGAUCUGUGGUCUUUUGGGACCCACGGUCGUCUCGCUCUGUGUUGACAUUGACAGGCUAUCGAAAUUCCGUCAUCAGUGUGGCAUCAUCUCCAGCGUCUCCAUACUUUGCAACGGGUAGUGGACUCGUGGCUUUCGGACCGGAACUUAAGCUUGGUAUGAGCAAACACACGGCGGAAGUAGCAUCGCGUUCGCUACAGGACAAGACACUACGAGAUAAUUCACGAGAACUCGCUUCCCAGAUUGUCCAGACGGUCUUAAAUGAUCAUCAAGUCCUAACUCAAGCCUCUCAAUUUCUACAACGGCUUGUCGAGAUGGAAUCAACACGUGAAGGUCUGAGAAUGUUAGUGAUCCAGACGCUUAAUAAUCCCAUGACAAGAACUCAUGUGGUAGACUUGACAAAACACACGAUUGGUUCUCUUUUGAAAGAUCCAAAGACAAUGCGUCAAGUGGUCGAUCUUUUACAUUUUGCAGUUGUCGAUCCACAGACAAAAGAAGCAUUAAGUCAAUUGCUGGAGCAGAUUAUGCACGAUGAAAAGAUGCGCGCGGCUUUGACGCAAUUAAUGACAGACAUAUUCAUGCAAGAGAUUGUCAAGGAGACCGUCAGUAAGACACUUGGCGACUCUGUGCACGAUGUCUUAAGUCGUAAAGAUGUUGAAAAUCAUGCCAAAGAAUUUGUCAGUCGCGUUGUACAAGAUCAGACCGUACAAGCUCAAAGUGGUGAUGCAAUCUGGGGAACAGUUAUGUACGCAUUGACCCCAACUUGGUUGUCAUGGGUAUGGACACAUCCAGAAGACAUGACGAACGAGAAUCGAACGCCAAGUCCUGCUGAAGUGGCAAAAGUGAUGGUUGCAGUUGCUGCAGCGGAAGAUGCCAUUGAAAAGAACGAGCAAGACAAACACAAUCAAGUUGAAAAGCCACAAGAGACAACAUGGUUGUGGAAGCGUAUUUUUCAAUGGAUCAAACCAUCUUUGAGUAGCGAAACACAGCCUUCCGAAAGCAAUUCGUCGACAAAUGUCUUGCAAGAAAGUAAAGAACCAACGUCGUUGACUGCAUCAUCACAUGCGGAUGCGAAACCAUAG